AUGACAAAACCAUAUGCCGCUGUUUUACUGUCGGCCAUAGCUGCCGCGUCAGGUUUAUCUCACAAUCACGCUUUCUCCGACGCCGCUUCUUCUUCACCUUCCGACGAUCCUCAAUCUCCUCCGCCGCCUCCUAAAUUUCGAAACAACAAUCCAAGAACAACAUCUGCUGGGUUUGAUCCAGAGUCUCUCGAGGAAGGAGCCAGAAUUAUCAACAAUGUUGCCACUAAACCUCACGGCAAAAAUGUUUUUGAGAAUAUUAAAAAGAAAGAGGAUGCAAAGCAAGCUGAGUUUGCUGCAAAGACUGUUGAGUCUAACCAUAUCAAAGCACAGCAUGAGGCUGAAAGGCAAAGGAUUACAUAUGAAGAAAAGAAAAAGCUUGCCCAGCUUCAGGAUCAAAUAAAAUCUCAGUUGGCUAAGUAUAAAGAUGAGUUGGCAAGGAAGAGGAUGCAGGCAGAAAAUGAACAAAAGAGAGCAAGGAACCAAGAGCUAGUGAAAAUGCAAGAAGAAUCUUCGAUCAGAUUGGAGCAAGCUCGGCGUUCAAUAGAAGAACAGAUUCAGGCACAUCGGAGGCAGAGUGAAAGAGAGAUGGCUGAGAUUGAACGUGAAACAAUCCGAGUAAGGGCUAUGGCAGAAGCAGAAGCGAGAGCACAUGAAUCGAAGUUAGCGGAAGAUGUUAAUAGGAGAAUGCUAAUUGAUCGUGCUAAUAAGGAACGAGAAAAAUGGGUUGCUGCCAUAAAUGCUACGUUCGACCAUAUUGGAGGGGGCGUUAGAGCUAUUCUAACGGAUCAAAAUAAGUUGGUUGUAGCAGUUGGUGGAGUGACUGCUCUGGCAGCUGGAAUAUACACUACAAGGGAAGGUGCGCGGGUUAUUUGGGGAUAUGUUGAUAGAAUAUUGGGACAACCAUCAUUGAUCCGAGAGUCCUCCAGAGGGAAAUACCCAUGGUCUGGCGUGUUGUCUCGUACCAUGAGCUCCCUGUCCCGACGUACCGAUCCAGAAUCUGCUUCAAAAGUUGGAAAUGGUUUUGGUGACGUAAUUUUGCAUCCUUCUCUUAAUAAAAGAAUUGAGCAGCUGGCAUCUGCAACUGCACAUACAAAAGCACAUAAUGCACCAUUCAGAAACAUGCUUUUUUAUGGUCCUCCAGGAACUGGAAAGACAAUGGCUGCCAGAGAGUUGGCUCGUAAAUCUGGAUUAGAUUAUGCGUUGAUGACUGGGGGAGAUGUUGCUCCGCUCGGCUCACAGGCUGUCACAAAGAUACACCAGUUGUUUGAUUGGUCCAAGAAGUCUAAAAGGGGUUUAUUGCUUUUCAUUGAUGAAGCUGAUGCAUUUCUGUGCGAGCGGAACAAGACUUACAUGAGUGAAGCACAAAGAAGUGCACUCAACGCUCUUCUCUUUCGCACCGGUGACCAGUCAAAAGACAUAGUUCUUGCGCUUGCUACAAACCGUCCCGGUGAUCUCGAUUCAGCUGUGUCAGAUCGUAUUGACGAGGUCCUAGAAUUUCCAUUACCUGGAGAAGGCGAGCGCUAUAAACUUCUUAAACUCUAUCUAGACAAGUACAUUGCCCAAGCUGGAGCAAGGAAACCUGGUCUAGUUCAAAAAUUGUUGAAAGGAAGCCCACCAAAGAUCGAGAUUAAGGGAUUGACUGAUGAUAUCAUUAAGGAAGCGGCGGCUAAAACCGAGGGAUUUUCAGGAAGAGAAAUAGCAAAACUGAUGGCUAGUGUCCAAGCUGCUGUAUACGGAAGCACGAAUUGUGUUCUUGACGAAAGCUUGUUCCGUGAAGUGAUAGAUUAUAAAGUAAGUGAGCAUCAACAGAGAAGAAAAUUGGCAGGUGCUGCUGAUAAGGCUGGUGCAUGA